AUGAUUUCCGCAAACAUAGUCGACAGCGUUCGGGCUCAGCUGGACCCUUUGGCGCCCGCUAAACCUCUUCCUUAUCUUAUAACAGUCUUACUCUUCGCAGUGCUUAUCUAUUCCCGCCAGACUUACAAGUCAAACAUCCCUUUCCUCAACCCCAAGGGGAAGUUUGAGCUUACAAACACCCGCGUCAAGAAAGAGUUUGACUCGGAGUGCAAGGCUAUGCUAACAUCUUGGUUCGCCUCAAACCCUGACAAGGCCAUUCGUCUUAACUGCGACACUGGGACAGCGACGGUGCUACCGCCGAGCUUUGCCGUCGAGGUGUCUAACAACCGCGGCUUCGACCUUUUUGAGUUUCUUAAAGAUGCGUACCACAUCGGACUCCCUGGCUUUGAGGGCUUCAAAGAAGUCUGUCAACCAGCACAUUUAGUGAACAACGUUAUCCAGAAGGACCUUACCAAGGCUUUACCCAAGCUUACUAAGCCUGCUUCUCAGGAAGCUGGGGCAGCCAUUGACAGAGUAUUUACAACUAAGACUGACUUUCACCCAAUUCCUCUCGGUGAUGCUAUUCUAGAGGUUAUCACUUGCACAACCUCACGGGUGUUUCUUGGGGAAAAGAUUUGCCGGAAUAAGGAAUGGCUCAGAAAUGCUAAAGCCCACGCUGCCGGCGUAUUUACCGCAGGCUAUGAGCUGCGCCUGUGGCCGACACCGAUUCGCCCGAUCAUUCACUGGUUUCUACCAAAAUGCCGCGAAGCCCGCGCCCAAGUAGAGAAGGCUCGAGACAUAAUCAUGCCCGUGGUUAUGGAGAGGCGUCUUGAAAAGGUUCACCUGGAAUCACAGGGGAAGCCUGUGCCCGAGUAUAACGACGCCAUAGACUGGUUCGAGCGGGCUACGAACGGAAAGGGCUACGACCCUAUCGGCGCGCAGCUGGCGCUCUCAUUUUCAUCCAUCUAUACCACCACCGAUCUUGUAUGCCAAGUUCUCAUCAAUAUCGCACAGAACCCAGAGAUUAUUGAGCCCCUGCGAGAGGAAAUUCGGAACGUCAUUGGUCAGAAUGGAUGGCAAAGCAAUUCACUAUUCAACAUGAGACUGCUCGACAGCGUGAUGAAAGAAACUCAGAGAUUGAAGCCAAUUGAAAGCGCCCUCAUGCGUAGCCUAGCAGUCACCGACAUUAAGCUCAGCGAUGGAACAAUCGUACCCAAGGGUGACGUGGUGGCUGUUGCAUCUCAUCAGAUGUGGGAUCCUACGACAUACCCAGAUCCUGAAAAGUUCGACCCGUACCGUUUCUACCGCAUGCGCCAAGAACCUGGUAAGGAGGCUGCAUCGCAGCUUGCAAACACAAGUAUUGAUCAAUACGGCUUCGGACUAGGUCGCCGAGCCUGCCCUGGCCGCUUCUUUGCCACAAACUCUGCUAAGAUUGUUUUGACUCAUAUCCUCAUGAAGUAUGAUUGGGAAUUGCAAGAUGGUUUCGAGCCAAAGCCCGUAUACCGCGCGUUUGGAGUCCGAUUUGACCCCAGAACUGUGCUUAAGGCAAGGAGACGCAAGGUGGAAUUUGAAUUCUAA